GUUCAUUUUGUGUAAUUUAAAAUGAUUGUAAUUCAGAAUGUGGGGCAUCGAUCCCCGGCGAGGAUAAAGAGGCGGUGGGCAAGCGGGGUUAAGUGGUGUUUCCUCCUGGGCCUGAUGGUGCUGCUCUACGGCUCUCAUGCACCGCUUAUCGCUAUCACCAAAGUAGACGGUCAAGUCCCAUUCAACGCCUCCUCCUGCGUCCUCAUGAUUGAGUUUGCCAAACUGUUCAUUUCCUCUUUGAGCCUGGCUCUCACAGGCUCCACGUCGGCCCUGCGAUCUCCUCCACGCCUGCUCCUGGUGGCCCCCUACGCCGUCCCCGCUGUGCUCUACACCUUAAACAACAACCUGGUAGUUGUCAUGCAGGCGUACAUGGAUCCCAGCUCAUUCCAAAUACUCUCUAAUCUCAAAAUAGCUUCCACGGCGCUGCUGUACUCCGUCUGUCUGGGGAAGAGGCUACAGUCCGCUCAGUGGGUCGCCUUGGGGCUCCUCAUGGCUGCGGGGGGCUUCCACAGCUACAGCAGCCUGGAUCUACAGGGUCCUGAAGUCCAUGAGGGUCCCAGGCUCCACAUCAGCGCUUGGGGGCUUUUUCUUGUGCUGGUUUACUGCGGCGUUUCAGGACUGGCUGCAGUUUACACAGAGAGGAUGCUGAAGAGCCAGAAGCUGCCCCUAAGCGUUCAGAAUCUCUACCUCUAUAUGUUUGGAGUGGCGAUCAACGGACUGACCUCUCUCUCCUCCUUAAGGGGCGACCGGAGGUUUCUGGAGGGCUACUCUGGGCUGGUGUGGGUUAUCAUCGCAGGGCAGGCAGCAAACGGACUUCUGAUGUCUGUGGUGCUCAAACACGGCAGCGGGAUCACCAGACUGUUUGUCAUUUCCUCCUCCAUGCUGGUUAAUGCGCUGCUAUCCUGGGCCAUCUUGGGCUUACAGCUCACCCCUUUGUUCCCUCUACCCUGUGCUCUGAUUGGACUGGCAGCUUACCUUUAUUACAGAUAAGAGAGGCUUCAGAGGAGCUCCGAACAAAGACUGCCUGUUGUGAUCUUUCGCAUUUGAGAUUCUUUUAAUGGUGCAGAAGUAUUCAUAGCUCUCAUUUUGUCACAUUAAACUUCAACGAAUUAAGUGUGAGAAACCAGAACAGUAGUGCAGAGUUGUGAAGUAAGCAGAAAAUGAAACCUGGUUUUCAAAAUAGUUUUACAAAACCUGAAGCUUUCUUUAGUGACCACAGGGAUGCUGUGGUCACAAAAGAAAAGGAAAAAAGCAUGAUUCUUGCAGCGUGUGUUACUGUGGGAACGGUGUUUAUAGGACAGUGUGCAAAUCAAACCAGUCUUCUCUUUUCUUCAAGAUGCUGUUUGUUCUCUAACAAGCCUCUGAGGCUUUCAUAGAGCAGCUGAGUUACUUCUGAAGGAUUUGAUUUAGAAAUGUAUUUGGUAAAUGACCUGAAUAUGAAUCCACACUGAGGUUUUUUAGUAGUAGUAUCGCUUUUCUUCCACUCUAUAAUAAAAAAACACAGUUGGUUGCAAAGUGAAGCAAAACAAAGCAGAAAAUAUCCAGAGUUACAAGCAAUUUUGCAAGGCGCCAUUUUUUAGUCCUAUUGUUUGCCUUUUUAUCUGCCUUCUGAAACCAAACUUUAGUCACUAUCUAUUUCCUAAAGAUGUGGGUUAAAGAAAGAGCUGAUCAAAUGCUGUUUUUUUUUUUUUCUUUUUUUAAUGUUACACUGCUUAUUGUUACAGAGACGUCCUACAAUAACCUGUAAUCCAUAUUGUGUUUUACCAACAUUGUAAGGGAUAAAGUGUUACAUCCUGUGUUUAAUGACCAAUACAUUUUCUGAAGCAUUCACCAACAAAGGAUUCCUCUCAUUGCUGCUGGUUUAUCUGGUCAGUCGCAGGACUUCCUCGCACAGCAAGAGCAUCUUUCAUCUCCCCCAAGGCUGCAGAAUGAGAAAGACAUUAGAAGCAUUAUUAAAAUUUAUCUGUGGUUAUAUAAGCAACGGCUGAGAAACUCUGACCUUUUUUAAGUUGCUUGUUCUCAGCUUGCAGCUGCUGGUUCUGCGCUGACAGGUAGAUGGCAUCCUGCACAGCUUCCAGCAGCACUCUCCUAUAUCUGCCUUCUGAAAUCUUCCUCUGCUCCUCACUGACUUCACGAAACACCCUGAACACCUGCAGAACGGCAGAAAACAAACGUCUUAUUGUGUUUUUGUUGGAAAAUUAGUGUUUGGUCAAUUAUUAGUUUUAACAGAACUUAUUGAAUAUUUAUUUCUCUAAAAUGUCUUUUUUUCUUCUUUUUUUUUGAUUAUUUAAUUAAUUUCUGCAAUUAAAUUUUAAUCCUUAA